ACCCCAUACACUGUGCAGAGUGGGAUAGCACAAGGUAAGCUAGGGUUCAGCGGGUGAGAUAUGUUCAUUUUUACUCGCAUAGACAGACUUUAUGCUGUGUGUGUGUUGCAUUAAGUUAUAUUAUGAGGCUCUGUAAAGAGUACCAGUGGUUCUGUUCACACUGUUGUCACAUUUUAAUUUGUUUUGACAUCAGUGUAGACCUAGCAAGUUAGCUUAACCGACAACAUAAUAAAACAACUGUGACACCUUUCCAGCUCACCGGCCUUUUGUACGAUUUUGUAGAGGUUUGUGUUCAUUGUGUGUGGUAUUGUUGAACUAUAGUAGGGCUGCAACUAACUAUUCUAUGUCCCAUUAUCGAUUAUUACCUCUAUUAACUGAGAAAAAGGUGCCCAACACUAUUUCUGGUCAUUGAAUUGAGUAGUUUGACUCAACCACAGUUGAAUAUCUAUAUGCUUUCUGAUUUACUAUUUUAGAGGACCGGCAAAUAUAUUCACACUUGAAAACCUGAAAGCAAGGAAUUUUGGACAUUUUUGCCUAAUCAAUUAAUUGCCCAAUAAAAUCAGCUCUAAAAGGUGUAUUCAAAUGUUUCAAGUAUGGACAAUCAUCCUGAGAAAAUCAAUAGCUAAUGUUAGGCUGCUAUUAUGUCCUAUCUUAACCUUACCUUGCCGUUUGGUGUUAAUGUAAUGAAAAAUGAUAAUCUUGCUCUGUGUUUCAAAAGUUAAGCCUGUGUCUUCCGGAGAUGUGAGGAAAAGGUAUCAGUUAUUAACAGAGAGUCAGUAUUCAUUUCACACAUAUCCUUUCCUGCAUACUUCACACCAGUACUUGUACAUGUUAACUGACACAAUGCCUGUAUGGCCAGAAUGUUUUAAUGCUUAUUAAAUUUUUUUUUUUUUAAAUAUGGCAAAGUUUGUUUUUUUAUUGCGCUUUAUUGCUUUUGGUUUGGUAUCUCUUAAUAAUCAUUUUUGAAUGACCCCCCAGGUAAAGUCUCAUUUUUUAUCAAGCUUUGCGCAACAUUUUUCAUAAGCAGUGAUAAAAUGUCUUUAUUUUGCAGGCAUUGUAAGUGCAUGCAAAUAGCGCUCUACAGUGAUGAGUGGAAGGGAUCCGCAUACGUUCAUCACAAACUAUAGAGCAGAAGAUGUGGAAAAACUGACACUGCGGAUGAAAAAUGGUCUUGGCAGCUCAAAGUACAGACCGGCUGAAUAUAAAAAACUCCAAGCCAUUGUUGAUGCCAAACGCCUGGAGUCUGAUCUAAUUGGACAAAAGGUUCAAAAGACUCGCUGUGCAGCCAAGGCAACCAAGGAGAGCUCCAUACUACGGCAGCACAGGCAGGUGUGGAGCAGAGAGUGCCCCAGGCUGCAAAAGGCUGAGGAGAGGGCUGAGAACGACAUCCAUGACUUUUUAGAGCAGAUCCGGCCAAAUGGUGGAACAGACACUGCCAUCUUCACACUCACAGAUUAUGGGCUGGACCUAAAGAGGGAGCGUGAGGCAUUUAGGGUAGCCACUGUGGAGCCUGUUCAUCAGCUUAAGGAUGACCUGUGCUUCAGACUGGGUGAACUAAAACAUCAGCACCUCACUGCCCCCCGAUCACACUGGGAACAAGUAAUACAACAGAUCAACUUUGUUAAAGUCCAGCAAGACGACAUAAAUGCUAAACUUCAUGCCGAGUACCUGGCCUUGGAUGAAGAGAUCAUUGGCCUUAGCCUCGAGGAAUAUAUCACUAGUACUUCAAAUGAUCUGGUGAACGUAGAAACCAUUCCAGAGGAGGUUUUGGAUUCGGACUGCCCUUAUCCAGAGCUAAAGGAUUCCCUGAUCCAGGCCUUCCACUCCCUGUCAGAAAGGUACCAGAAGAGGGUGCAGAGUCUGCAAGAACAACUGCAAAGAACUGACAGAUUAUGUGGCUGGUGUGCAGAUGACCACCAACGCUUCCAGUUCACUUUGUCUCAGUACACUCAUGACAUACCCAACCAUAGAGCACUCUACAUGGACAUGCUGCAAAGACUCUUCCCUGAGAAAACUAGACAAGAACUGAUGGAGCAUGAACGUGCGUGGGACUGGCAGCGCUUCACCCAGACACAGCUGAGAGUGGUGACCCAGCAGUGGCAGCGGGACCAGGAAGAGCUGCUGGCCCGAGCCCUGGUCACCAUGCAGGAGGCGAGGCAUGCCCACCAGGAGGAGCUGGAGCUCCACAGAGGCCGCCAGCACCAGCAGGACAUCUGCUCACAUCUCAGGGAGGAGCUGCGGCAGUGGCGGGCCCAGCAGGAGGAGGUAGCGAAGCUGGAGGCAGUUAUAGCUGCCAGACAACAAGCGGAGGAGGAGGCAAGGGUAAAGAGGGAGCAGGAGAAGGAGAUGGCCAUCAGAUCACAGCAGAAAGAAAAAGUCAGGCAGUUUUAUUUAAAGCAGAAGAAGAGGGCGGAGGUGCUAGAGCAGAGGGAUCAAGAGAGACUUGCUAAUUUGAGAAGCAUUAUGGAAGAACAGGCAAGGCGAGAUAAAGAGAGGGUGCAGUUUCGGGCAAAUAUGUUACAGCUGCGAAUGGAGGAGAGAGAGGCGCGGGAGCUUGAGCGGCAGAGAGAAGAAGAAGACAGACAGAAUCGUCUGGAAGUUCUCAGAAACCAGGUUGGGGUGGUGGCAGAGGCAGACCCAGAGAGAAUGAUGGCAGAUACAGAGGCUUGGAGGAGUCGACAGUUGAAUGUAAAGGAGUUUGAGCUCCAAAGGCCUCUCUACAGUAUUAACACGUACACAGACUCUCAGAUUGUGUCUGAUCCAAGAGUGCGGGUGGAGCAGGCCCUGCGGGAGGCUGGUCUGCACCACACUCAUUAUGCCAAAGAGGUCCUCUCUGUUAUCAAGCCCCCUAAACCCCCAAGACGAGAUACAAAAUCUAUACUCAAAUUCUGACCAGGGGCUGGUUUGGGAUCAGGCCAACCCUUGUUCUGGUAUUGAGCAUUAUAUUAAAUGUAAAUAAUACAUUUUACUUUGCAUGCGUAAGAAUCACAUUCACAGUUGGACAGAUCAUGUUGUUUGGGGUGAAAGCUGCUGUACUCACAAAGCAAACUGAUAAACAGUAAGUAUUGACCACCAAGUGA